AUGGGUCGCUCUCAGGAGCUCAGUGAAUUCAAGCGUGGUACCGUGAUAGGUUGCCACAUGUGCAAUAAGUCCAUCCGUGACAUUUCCUUGUUACUAAAUAUUCCACGGUCACCUGUGGUAUUAUAACAAAGUGGAAACAACUGGGAACAGCAGCAACUCACCCAUGAAGUAGUAGGCCACGUAAAAUGACAGAGCAAGGUCAGUGCAUGCUUAAGCACACAUUCCAGUGAAGGGAACUCUUAAGGCGUCAGCAUACCAAGACAUUUAGGACAAUUUCAUGCUCCCAACUUUGUGGGAACAAUU